GGUGUGGAGCGUACGUCUAUCGUGGGGUGUCGGAUAAAAUAACACUACUACUGUACCUCAGUUUCGGUGGUAAAUCAUUUUAAGGUAAGACAUAUUGUCUUUGAGUGUAUAUGCAAACGUUUUCCACGCCGCCGGUAUUUGUUUAGACAAAAUAACGGAUAUCUGGGUGUGAUGUGAUUUAAAGGGAAAACAUUGCCUUUUACGUUGCGUUUCUCCGCUACCAUUUACUGCUGAUACAAUCUACUGUAAACCUUUUGUCUGAUGCAUAAUGUGGCCUCCAUGUUGAAAAUAUACUUAUGUUGUAAUGGUGGGUUUUCACGGCUCCAUCGUUGUCAAAGCGGUGAUGAGGUUACAUUAGUACGUCGGUAGGGUAGACGUGAUCCACCGCAGAAAAUGGUGUCGACGCUUUUAUACAGCAUUGGCCGUUUAUCGGACAAACCUUUCAUUCAUGAAAUUAUAUGAAAUGUAGUUUUCUAGGCCUAUGUACAUUUGCAAUGGUAUUGUCAAUGUGCAUAUAAAUCGAGACGAUAAAUAAGUGUAUUCAAGUAAAUAAUGCAGUAACAUGAAGUGUAACCUAACCCCAGUGUUAUUACUGUAUGCGUUACAGAGGCAGAUAUACAUGAAGUGUAACCUAACCCCAGUGUUAUUACUGUAUGCGUUACAGAGGCAGAUAUACAUGAAGUGUAACCUAACCCCAGUGUUAUUACUGUAUGCGUUACAGAGGCAGAUAUACAUGAAGUGUAACCUAACCCCAGUGUUAUUACUGUAUGCGUUACAGAGGCAGAUAUAUAUUCGAAGCACUCUUAACAUUCUCUGGCUGUUUUUUUUUCCUUUGUACAAUUCUGUCAGUGCUUUCCUUCUGAGAAUACCUGCUCUCACACAGAAUGGACACAUGCAGGCAGCACUGUUUCCCAAGUGAUCAUUAGUCCCAGCCCCAGUCAGGAGGUAAGGCCUAGAGAGGUGUCCCAGCCCCAGUCAGGAGGUAACGCCUAGAGAGGUGUCCCAGCCCCAGUCAGGAGGUAAGGCCUAGAGAGGUGUCCCAGCCCCAGUCAGGAGGUAAGGCCUAGAGAGGUGUCCCAGCCCCAGUCAGGAGGUAACGCCUAGAGAGGUGUCCCAGCCCCAGUCAGGAGGUAAGGCCUAGAGAGGUGUCCCAGCCCCAGUCAGGAGGUAAGGCCUAGAGAGGUGUCCCAGCCCCAGUCAGGAGGUAAGGCCUAGAGAGGUGUCCCAGCCCCAGUCAGGAGGUAAGGCCUAGAGAGGUGUCCCAGCCCCAGUCAGGAGGUAAGGCCUAGAGAGGUGUCCCAGCCCCAGUCAGGAGGUAAGGCCUAGAGAGGUGUCCCAGCCCCAGUCAGGAGGUAAGGCCUAGAGAGGUGUCCCAGCCCCAGUCAGGAGGUAAGGCCUAGAGAGGUGUCCCAGCCCCAGUCAGGAGGUAAGGCCUAGAGAGGUGUCCCAGCCCCAGUCAGGAGGUAAGGCCUAGAGAGGUGUCCCAGCCCCAGUCAGGAGGUAAGGCCUAGAGAGGUGUCCCAGCCCCAGUCAGGAGGUAAGGCCUAGAGAGGUGUCCCAGCCCCAGUCAGGAGGUAAGGCCUAGAGAGGUGUCCCAGCCCCAGUCAGGAGCUAAGGCCUAGAGAGGUGUCCCAGCCCCAGUCAGGAGGGAGUCAGUAUGUUUUAUUGACUUCCAUUGUCCUCCAAGAGUUGCUGAAUCUCCUCUCUACUUCAGUUUUCUCCUCAAUUCAUGCACCUUGGUUGGAGUGUGAGGCAGCAGCAGUGAUCUGUCCCCUUAGUCAGCCAGUAUGGCCCAGGCGGAGCCCCAGCCCAGUGGGGGUAGCAGCCCCCAGCUCAUCUCCCUCCAGUCGGAGAUGUCAGAGGCAUCAGGGAACCACGUAGAGGUGGGCUCCGCCAACCGGAGGAAGAGGAGGAGGAAGGAGCCCAGACCUGAGUCCAUCAUUGUGUAUCGCUCAGACAAUGAGAGGGGGCCCGGGGAGGAGCAAGGGGGAGAGGAGGGAGGUGCCGAGAGGAGCACAGAGGAGGGGGCCAAGUUCCUCAACACACCCACCGGCGAAGGAGGCUGGAGCGACAGGAGCAUGCCCCCAGACAGCCGUUAUGUGACCUUGACCGGCACCAUCACCAGGGGGAAGAAGAAGGGUCAGGUGGUGGACAUCCACGUUACUCUAACAGAGAGAGAACUCCGGGACAUGGCCCUCUCUAAGGAACGUCUGGACGCUGAGUGUGAGAGGGGCCAGGGCUCCAAGUGUUCCUGUGGCUUGGGGUUCUUUCAGGGCCCCCAUGUGAUCCUCUGGAGCCUAUUGUGUGCUCCUUUAGUAUUCCUUAUCGCCUUCAUCACGUCGUUUUACUAUGGAACGCUCACCUGGUACAACGUGUUCCUGGUCUACAACGAGGAGAGAACAUUCUGGCAUAAGAUCACCAUCUGCCCCUGCCUCAUCAUCUUCUACCCCAUGCUGAUCAUGCCCAUGGCUCUGUCCCUGGCUCUGUACUCCACCCUGGCGCAGGUCUCCUGGGCCUUUAGUGAGUGGUGGCUGUCUGUCCGCGACCUGGAGAAGGGUUUCUGUGGCUGGGCCUGUGGGAAGCUGGGGCUGGAGGACUGUUCUCCGUAUAGUAUCGUGGAGCUGUUGGACUCUGACAACUUCUCAGGGAGCAUGCAAGGGAAUAACAAGGCCCCCGGCGAGGAUGCUCAGACGUCCUCUGUGUGAGACUGGGUUGUAUUCACUAGGAAGCAAACGGGUCGAAACAGGUUAGGACUACCUGAACUUGUCUGUUAAGAAACACUUUUUGCAAGGGUGUACCCACUAAUGAAUAUAACCCUGGACUGGCGUCAUGGACACAAACACACAAACUGGCAUUGUUGUCAUACUUUCACAUUUUCUGAUACCUUCAAAAAGCUGAUUCUUGUUUUAACUUCUUACUAGUUUAUCUAACCUCGCAUUCUUACUGGUUGUUGUCGUAGUGAUCUCUGUGUUUACUGUUCCAAUCACCAUGUUGUUAUGUUUUAAAUGUUGUUAUUUAUUUCAAUAUUUCAACCGCUAGCUAGUUUAGUUGUAAGUGUUGUAAAAUGGAUGUUUUGUAUCAUAGGACGGGCUAUUAAAAUAUGUUUAAAUUAAAUGUACUGUAACAUGAGGGUUGCUAAAAUACUGUCCAAAGUUUACUGUAUACGACGCAAGACCUAUCUAUCAAACAUAUUGAUAGAUUUCUGUUGAAAAACUGUUGCACUGAAAUCCUCGAUAGGACAGGAAGGAAGUUACCUUUAUAUCUAAUGUACUGUACCUGCAUGAAGUCAUACUUUACCUUUCUCUCUUUCGGGUGGAAGAGAUUACAUUUUAAACGGUGGCAGGGUGGAAGGAACUCUGGGACAUUCAUUCAGCAGACAAGAAUGUAGAACUAAAAGGAUUUUGGUCAGUACCUCUGUUCUCUAUAUUAAGGUAAAUCUGUGUGUGUUGUUCACUCACUCUUCACAUCAUGUUUGUUGCUCACCAUGAGAUAAAAUGGAUGGAAAUA